CCUUCGAGUGUCAGCGGUACAGUACUAUAGAUUCGUCCAUUUGUUCUAGUUUUGUUAUGGUUGUCAAUUCUUAUGUAAUUCCUCGCGUCAGUUCCUAACGUGCUUUAAGAUUAAAAAUACACUUUGCAGUUGGACUUUCGUCCGGUGAUACGGAGACUGACCUCUACUUCACUCUUCCAUUUCUUUUAGCUUUCACCAUAGGUCCUGCGCACCUCUCACUUCCAAUACCUUUCCCUGCAGCCCUGUCCACACUAGGAAUUAGUGGUUCUCUUUUCAUGUUCACCUCCAUUCCUGCGUAUCUUUCACGAAUGAAAUCAUCUCUCUCUGAGCUCACCUGAUUGUAAGAUAUCUCCCAGCUUCUCCUAAACAUCCAACCCCCUUGUGCACCUUGAACAGUCUUCAUCAGCCUUUUUACCAGCCCCUUUCCCUCGUCCCAUCACCAUGAAUAUCACUGAUGGUCCAUGUGUUUCCCCCUCCUCCCCGUGUCUUUUUUUCAACAUACUCGCUGUCCUGUGCUGUACUUUGUCCAGCUCUUGUAUUUCCGUCACAGAUGCGAGUCCGUAACAGCUGCAGCAUACCCCCAUCAUCUUCCUCUCCAACGUGGAGUACACCUUUUUCCUUUUUCUUCCUUCCUGUUACCAGCCCUAGAACCCUCCCCUUCUCUACCACCCACUGUAUCUAUUUCCUACAUUCCAGGGCGUAGGCCUACGAAGACAAUGGGCCUGAGCAACAGGAACCUGCUGCUUAUCUCCAGUUCGAUGGUGCAUGGCUACGGCUACCUCGAUCACGCAGCGGACGAGCUGAAGGCAAUCCUCCACAGUGCGGUCGCCAAGAGAGUCCUGUUUGUGCCGUAUGCUCUCAGGGAUCACGAAGGCUAUGCAGAGAAAGUCAGAGCGCCGCUGAAGCAGUUGGGUUUUGAAGUGGAAAGCAUCCACAAUGCCAGUGACCCGGUUGCUGCAGUAAAAGAUGCCGAGGCAAUUUUUAUUGGCGGUGGCAACACAUUCCGCCUGCUAAAAACUCUGUAUGACAUGGAACUGAUAGAACCCAUCCAUUGCAGAGCUUUGCAGGAUGGUGUGCCUUACAUUGGCAGCAGUGCCGGGACCAAUGUUGCCACUGUCAAUAUUUGCACUACCAAUGAUAUGCCCAUCAUCUAUCCUCCAUCUUUUGCUGCCCUCAACUUGGUACCCUUCAACAUCAACCCACACUAUGUGGAUCCUGACGUCAAGUCGACUCACAAAGGGGAGACGAGAGAGGAGAGACUACGCCAGUACCAUGAGGAGCCUGGCACGCCCCCCGUGCUGGGCCUGCGCGAGGGAGCCAUGUUGAGGGUGCAGGGCGACAGGGCCGAGAUAAGAGGCGUGGCGUCUGCGAGACUCUUCCGGCCGAAUAAAGAUGCUGAAGAAUAUACACCUGGAUCAGACGUCAGUUUCCUGCUCAAUUAGAAUGGGAAAAAAAUGUAUAAAUAUUUUGGCCAUGCAUCAUCAUUUAAGUAUGCGUGCAAUUUAAUGUUAUUAAACUGCCAAUUUACUGUUA